CCUUGUGUUCUCGGCCUGGGGCUGGUGCCGCCGGCUCUCCUCCCUGACUGGCUCCCUUGGCCUCCCAGGCUCUGAAGGUGCUGGUGGGCGCCGGGACCUGCGAGCUGCUGGGUGCCAGCGAGAAGCCCUAUCCCCUGAACCACGCUGAUGCCCCGAUGAUGUGGGAGAUCUUCGCCAGCAUCGGCUCCGCCUCCAGCAAGGACUCGGACAGCCUGCUCUGCGCCCUGCCUGCCGCCAUCCGCACCAUGCAGGGCACCGCUGGGGCCUCGUCGGCCGUGCAGAACGGCCUGCUGGUGGCCGGCCUGCUGAUCGACAGCCACCGGGGCCUGGCCGAGCAGCUGGUGAGCUGUGACAUCCACUCGGCCCUGCAGAGCUGCUGCCAGGGGGGCCAGGACCCCGCCGCCCCCAGCCACGCCACCGAGACGCUGGCGCAGAUCGCGCUCAGCCGCCUGGCGGAGCACCAGCUCCCCACGAACCUGGACACGGCAGGUACAGAGCCCCCCCUCCCCCGCGACAGCCCCUGUCUGAGAGCCUGGACACGGCAGGUACAGAGCCCCAU